AUGACUGUCCAAGCUAAUAGAGAGGUCAUUGCUCCCGUAAACUUAAUUUUGGGUACGACAUCGACAAGGAUAAGGGAAUUCAGGAGGAUGUAUCCUUUGGAGUUUCAUGGUUCCAAGGUUGAUGAGGGUCCUCAAGAGUUCAUUGAUGAGGUAUAUAAGAUAGUGGGAAUUAUGGGAUUGUCUAUGGUGGAGAAAGCGGAGUUGACCGCUUAUCAACUCAAGGGUGUUGCUCAAACAUGGGCAUCCUCAGUUCCAAUAAAAGUUUUCCGGUCAAGGUUUUCUAAUAUUCCGACCCCUAAUUUCAGCAAAGAUAGGGUGUCUAACCAUAUGCCUCAAGGAGGUGGUGGUAAUGAAUCUUCUAUUCUUGUUUGCAAAAGGUCUGGUAAGAGUCACUCAAAAAAAUGUUUAGCCGGUAUAAAUGGUUGCUUUGGUUGUGGAAAGAGUUCUCACAAAGUGAAAAAUUGCUCGUUGCAAGCUAGCAAAGGUAAGAAUGGUAGGAAAGCCCAGCCAAGUGAUUUUGAUUGGUUCUAA